AUGGCCAGCAUCGACACCUUCAACCACAUCGAUCCAGCCUUGCGAGGCUCGAACUUGAGCAGUCCUCCCAAACCUCGCGACCCUCAGCAGCACUACCACAAUCCUCCUCCUCCUGGCGCCUACUCUCCUCUGCAACCGUCUCUCCAGCCAUCGCCCAAUAACUCGUAUCAAUCCAUUCACACGCCCAACUACUACCCCACCACUUCACACACGCAGGAGAGCCCUGACGAUCAGAGUCCGACCGGCAAUCCCCAUGACCCUAAUGAUAUUAAAAGACCGCGCGCCUGUGAGGCGUGUCGACAGCUGAAAGUGAAAUGCGAGCCCGACGAAAGUCAUCCCACGGGAUCUUGCAAGAGAUGCGCGAAAGCAAGCAGACAAUGUAUCGUCACGGCUCCUAGCCGGAAGAGGCAGAAGAAGACAGACAGCCGAGUUGCCGAGUUGGAAAAGAAAAUUGACGCCCUCACGGCGACGUUGGCUGCACGAGGAGGAGCUGAGUCCGAUGUUGCCGUUGAUCCCUCCAUAUCCGUGUCACACCCUCCCCCCCAGGAUACUCCGAGCGCUCGGUCUCCGCAACAAGGCGUCAAGAGGAAGAUCACCACCGACUAUGACUUCUUCGGCGGAGAGCUACAUAAAUCAUCGGCGCUGUCGUACAAGCCUCCUCUAGCCCCUCCCAACACCUACCAGCCCGUUCUGGAACACACGACCAAGACUGAAGAACCAACGACGGUGGAUCCCAUCGAACGCGGUCUCAUCGACAUCACCACGGCGAGGAAAUGCUUCGACCGUUACAUGGCCGAAAUGUGCGAGCAUCUACCGAUCGUCGUCUUCCCACGCGGCACCCACGCCGAUGAAAUCCGCAAAAACAAACCCAUCUUGUUCCUCGCCGUGCUUGCGGUCGCGUCCGGCACCGUCCGACCGGAUCUUCAACCUGGGCUGAUUUUGGAAAUCACCAGGGUCCUGGCCGAUAAGGUCAUCAUCCGGGGAGAGAAGUCGCUGGAGCUGGUGCAAACGAUUCAAGUCACGACGUGCUUCUACCAGCCUCCGGAAAAAUACGAAGAGCUAAACUUUAACCAGCUGAUCCAUAUUGCUGCCGUCAUGGCUUUGGAUCUGGGAAUGGGUAAAAGAUCGAGACGAGGUGGGGGCAGCAUCUGGCGACCGUAUCAUGAGAACAAGAGACCAUUGUCAGAUCCCAAUAGUGUGGAAGUGCGGCGAUGCUGGCUGGGUUGCUAUUACAUGUGCUCCAAUUCAUCAAUGUCUCUUCGACGACCGCUCCUGAUCCGCUGGAGCGCAUACGCCGACGAGUGUGUUGAAAUUCUGAUGUCUUCGGUGGACGCCCACUUUUCAGACAAGUACCUAUGUCACCUCGUGCGCGGACAGCACAUAGCUGAAGAUAUCGGAUUUCAAUUCUCCAUGGAUGACCCGGCUUCGCCGUUAUCGUUGACCGACCCCCAAACGCAGUAUCACCUGAAGACAUUCGAGCGCCAGCUUGUUGAGUGGCAACGCGCAGCCACCAAGGAAAUGAUCAAGAAUCCAAUCAUCCAACACACUGAAGGGAUUCUCAAUCUUUAUAUGCACGAAAUCGCCAUGCACCACAACCACAAUAUUGAUGAUUUCCGACCUCCCUACAUCUCCACUCCCAUCGAUGGGCCUCCGGACCCGGACAACGUCACGCCAGCCCACAUAGAAGCCCUCACAACCUGCAUCAACUCGGCUCAUUCCGCAUUCGACGCGUUCUUAGCCAUGGAGAUUCCGGCUCUGCGGGCCCUACCGACCCUUUUCUUUGUUAGAAACUCUUACGCCGCCGUUGCGUUGAUCAAGAUGUAUUCGGCUGUGUCUGCAAAGGGGUCCAAAUUCAAUAGCAUUUUCAAAAACAAAGAUCUGAGGGUGGAAUACUAUCUCGAUAGAAUGAUCGAGGCACUCAGCAAGGCUUGCGAAGGAGGCAUGUCCCGCGUUGCUCACAAGUUCACCCUGAUUUUUACUAUGCUCAAGAGCUGGCACAUGAAGAGGAUAGACUCGGUGAAUAAUGGAAGUGGGCCAGUUUCGAGACAGCGCACGCCGGCGAACGGGAAUGUCAACGCCCGCACCACCAACAUGUCGCAACCGCAACAGCCGCCAAACACAUACAAAGCUGUUCCACCACAGCAGGACCCAGCAAACUUGGCAUGGAAUUCGCAACAUCGCCCGUCCGUCGACGGGAACGUGCCGCAGCCUCACCAACAGCAGCCACGGAGCGGACUGCAGAUGCUGUCCGAGGCAGCAAUGGGUCCCGGGCCCGGGCCAGGCCCGGUAAUGCCUCAGCCUCAACCCACACCACAGCAGCAAUGGUCUCAUACCAUCAUGAACAACCCUACCCAACCCAAUAUGCUACCUGGCAUCAAUCAAAUGUCUGCCGGUUAUGAUCAGGCGGCACCCAUGAUGCCUUACAUGAUGCCCGGACCUGGAGGGGACAUGAUUCCUAUGGAUUUCACGAAUGACGAGCUUAUGGCGUUUGGAUUCGGGGACGAGUUCCUCGCGAUGAACUUUGGCUUCGAAACGAGUGGAUGGCCACUCUAA